AAUAAUAUUAAAAAGUUUCAUUAGGGUGUUAGGUUCUUUUUAGAUAUUUCUUAUAUAUUGAAGCAGAGGAAUUCUUGUAUCAAAAUGCAAUCGCUCCAGCCUGCUCUAAUGGUGGCUUUCAAAUGCAAACUUGUUUCUUUUCUUUGACCACUUCGCAGGUGUUCUUGGUUUGCCUCUCGGCAGCGGCCUCUUCGGCUGGCAUCGUAGGAGGCUAUGGAGGUCUCAGCUUGUUCGGGGGCCUCGGAGGCCAUGGCUACGGAUACGGAGCGGCUUUUGCAGCUCCACUAGUAGCUAAGGCCCCCGUCGUUGCUGCCGCCCCUGUUGUAGCCGCCGCUCCAGUCGUGGCUAAGGCAGCUACUGUCGACGUCGUUGCACCGCAAGCCACCAGGUUCGGCUACCUGACCACCGACGGACACGGCAACACGCAGGCGCGCAACGAGGUAUCGGAUGCGCACAACCGCCGCGUCGGCUCCUACAGCUACCGGGACGCGUACGGCCUCACACGCAAGGUCAACUACGUAGCCGACGCGAACGGGUUCCGCGCCGUGGUCAGCACCAACGAGCCCGGCACUGCGGCGUCGAAGCCCGCUGCUGCCGCCUACAACACACCGGCCAAGGGGCCAGUCGUGGUCGCUACGCCGGCGGUGCCCGCGGUUCCUCGCCAAGUAGCCACCGUUGCAGCUGCACCUGUUGUCGCCUACGGAGGCCUCGGUCAUCUGGGCGGCUUCGGCCAUCUCGGCGGCUACGGGCUCGGCCAUCUCGGCGGCUACGGGCUCGGCCAUCUCGGCGGCUACGGGCUCGGCCACCUCGGCGGCUAUGGUCACUUCGGCGGCUACGGCCACCUUGGCGGCUACGGUCAUUUCGGCUACGGGUAUCAUUAGAACGGCUGACCCAAUGUGAACUUCUGGACGGUGUCGAAUUCUUCCACAGUAUCGAACGCCGCCUUGCUGUCUCCUUCAGCACAGUCUCAGUGGGUGUGGCCCUAUUGGGAGCCAUCAGAAAAGACAAGAUGGCUGAAUUCGACUACGUGGUGGCACUCGGCAGCAUCCAGUUUAGAACCCUGGUACACAAUCAACCGGCCCUAUCCACGCCUAUGAGACAUCUGCGACACACUACGUUAGCUUCAACGAUUCAAAAAACAAUUCAAAUGAUUCAAAAGAGUGUAAGAACGCCUUGGUCGCUGCAUGUUGACGUUUCACCACAUCGUGCUUUUCGCAAAAAACCGGUUUGCAUUUGUUUUGAAAGGUGGCAAAUGCUGCAACUUGAUUAGUUAUUUUGGGGGCUGAAUUUAACGCUGUCAACUGUUGGGACUAGUGAGAUCAAUCCCAGCAGCUUCUGUUCAUAGCACUGUUUCAUUAAUUCAGACACUGUUUAGCAAACGCUACCGCAGUAUUGACUGGACAUAUAUUGGGAGAAACAACUCGAGAACGCCGAAACACAUGCCCGCAGAUUCAUUCCGUUGUUAGGCAUAAUGAUAAACUACAGAAUGCAAAACUAGACGGCGUCGACGCAUAAUAUUUGACAUCUUACUUAGCAUAUGAAAUCAGUGGACAAGACUCUAAAACGACGCAUUAUGCGCGUCAUUAUAACAUUUUUUAACUGUUUUUUUCUUUCGCCUCUGUUUAUAGCACGGCUAUGUUUUCAGACAAAUUGCCCGUGGUGCGCAUGUCAACUAUACACUGCUUUUAAUGAUUAAGUGUGCAUUUUCAGCCUUAUAUACGGACACUUCUUACUCCUCCGAUCCCACAAUGUGAACAUGUGACUGAAUAUUUGUCAACAGCCAUGUGAAAUUCACAGAACUGCAAACAUGCUUCCCCACCAAUGAGAACCAUUUCAUAAUGCAUAGUAUUACAUGUGACAGAAAUAUAUAAAUUGAUUGACGGCUUGGACAAGACUGAAAUAUUUACUCCCUCUGGACACCAAUAGAAAAUACGCUUCACCCCAUUGCUCAGUAUCGGUGCACUAAAUCGCCAGUACGCUGCCUGCCUGGUGCAGAGGCUUAGAAAAUUGCAUAUGCGUCAACCGCACUUUAUGCAACUACAGCAACGCUUUGCUUAACUUUUACGUAAGCCCUGCGGUCGCCUCCAGUUUUCUAAUAUAUCACCAGAUAGAUCACCCCACUUAUUCACGAGUUCAUUCACAUUCAUUUUCCUGCGUUGCUUGAAAUGCAACUUCACAUGACGCACCAUUACUCGCACAUAAUUUUGGUGCAUUUCAUUUCAUCCCCUGAACUAGUCUUACCACUUAUUUCUACACGCGAGAGCCCGGAGCAUUCCCACUCACUGUGUGGGCAAAGCCUUUUAAGCUGAUGUGACGGUUACUUGUCUAUGGUGUAUGCAAAUUUCCGUUUUGUUGUGCCGUGCUGUGCUGGAACUAUGAAUAUGUACAAAAGCUUGAGAAUUCUCCGAAGCAUUAUUUGUCCGCACACACAUGCGCUGUUGGAGCGUUUAUCUUGGUUUGCUUGAAAAGCAAACCACGAGAGAAAUAUUAUUAAAUAGUUGACGGAAGAAAACGGCGUCC